AUGGUACCGAGUCACAGAUCCGCUUCCCAGCUAUGGGCUAUUGCUCGGCGGAAGCUCUUCACUCGGCGAGAACCCAGGAGCAGCGAGCAUGACUACCCACAACACCGUUCCUAUAAUUCUGUUUCAUCUUCUUCCUUCAGCGAGCACACCGACGGCUUCUACAAGUACUCGUUGGAAGUUCUACAACAGAGUGACGAAGAAUACAGAGAUACGGUUGAGAGCAUGGGAUUGCGGUCUUCGGACAGCACAGGGAUGUCGUACACGUCAGCUCGAACGGCCCCUGCCGAAUUCCCUUUCUCUCCUUACGCCGUUGGCGCUGUCGAAUGGAAUACUGUCACGGGAUAUCUCAAGAAUCUGGAUGAUGCGCAGGGCUAUGAUGUUUCGUCCUGGAGGAACAGUGUGCUGGCUGUAUACGUGAAGGUGUACACCGUCGCUAAAGUGGUCUUCAUGUGCUUCAUCCACUAUGGCGUUGAACUGGAUGGAUUUCAGGGCGGCCUAAUGGUUUGCAUCAGGGACGCAGAAGAUGCCAUCGCGUCCAAAAACAUCGCUCCCUUGGUGGAAUGCGUUGAGAAGUUGUACCACGCCCUUUACGCGAGGCUUAUGAUGGAGCUUGUCAUGGUCGACCUAUGCUCUUGCUUCAGUAUCGAGGUAACACGCGUUUCUUCGCAUAACAACUUCAUGCUCCCUGAGCCACGCCACUUGUACAACAUACUCUUGACUUGCAAGCAGAUCCUCGAUAGCCCGACUGUCUGCAAGAUCUUUAACAAAGAAUCUGUUCGGAACUAUCAGGCUACUUUAGUCCACCGCGCUGUGACAAAGGUCAACAGCAUGCCGUUCGCCUUGGACGAUCUCAUCGGAUAUCGGAGAUUUACCCUUGGGAUUAUCGAGAACCCGGAUUCUUCAUUUCGCCAGAAGUGGGCUGGGAGUGGCCUGAUCUACCAUAUGCCACCGCCCAAGGUCCUCAUCGUUCAUUCUGAGAGAUACAUGUCCUUCACACCGAGGAACACUUAUCAGUUUAUGAUCCCCCAGCAGCCCCUUCCCUUCAUUCAGCGGCACAAUGUCGACCCAGCAUUCACGGAAAGGGCACGUACUUCGGAUCACCGGCAGGCCGCGCUAGCCAUGCUUGAAGGCAAGACUGUGGGUGUUCUCCGCAACCAGGGCACCAUGCAACAGCUGAUCGAAUACGCCAAACGGAGAAAGUGUGAUUGUACCCAGGAUCCGGACCGUCUCUGCCCCUGCGCGGAGUGGAAUAUGAUCCUGUUACUGAGUCAGGUUAACGCAAACCGUGGGACUCUUGGAAUUCGCGACCGGUGCACGGUUCUUUCGAAGGCCGUGUUCCAAGAGCUUUCUUCCAUCCGGGAAGAUGUUGACGUCUUUGAGUCUGUCUGUAUCUGUGCUUGUCUGGGAUUCCCGCCCGGCACAGCAAUCUCUGGGAAACUUUUAGCGGGCAUGGUGCCCAAGACUCUUGUUGUUAGUUCGACAAAUUGUUUAUCAUUCUUCUCCUCUCCUCUCGCUUCGCCGGUAGUAAUUAGACGCAGCCCACUGUGGAGCGCUCAUUCGGGGGCCCCCAGCAGCAUCUGGGUGCGACGAUAUCGCGCCGUCUGGCCUUCCUACGGCAUCACCACCCCCAUCCCGGAUCCUAAUCCACAGUUCCCCAUCUCCCGCUCGCCUUUCUGCUUCCAGACAGGCUAUGCUCUCUGCGCCAAACGGCCCUCGCGUCCCUUCCCCCCACCGUUCCUGUCUCCGCCCUCUUCCUCCUUUUCCGACCCGCUGACCACCCACUACCUGAGUCAGGAUAAGAGAUUAUCCGUCCGGGGGGAUCUGGUCCGCGGCCUGAACAACGGCGACGAUGCUGUUUUAGUGGCGGAGAAUUACCUCGCCGUGAACGAUGGGGUCGGGGCGUGGGCAACCAAGCCGAGAGGUCAUGCUGCGCUUUGGUCUAGACUGCUCCUCCAUUACUGGGCCCUGGAACUUGAACGAGAACCCAAUGGCCAGUCCGAGUUAGAUCCUAUCGGCUAUCUCCAACGCGCAUACGAGGAAACCAUUCGAGCAACGACUUCCCCAGGUGAAUGGCUGGGAACUACUACAUCCGUCACAGCAAUACUGCACUGGAAGCGCGAUGCUACGGGAAACACACGGCCCUUGCUCUACGUGACCAAUAUAGGUGACUGCAAGAUCUUUGUCAUCCGGCCUAGCGAGAAGAGAAUCCUCUUUCGGACCAAGGAACAAUGGCAUUGGUUCGACUGUCCUAUGCAGCUGGGCACCAACAGCGUCGAUACUCCCCAGAAGGAUGCAGUCCUUUCCUUGAUUGAUGUGCAGGAGGAUGACCUCGUGGUGGCCGUGUCAGACGGUAUCGUGGACAAUCUGUGGGAGCAUGAGAUCCUGACGAUCAUCCUGGAUAGUCUGGAGAAGUGGCAGCAAGGACGUCAUGAAGACAAGGACUCGGAGUGGGCACCUCCGGCUGUGAUGGCGGACGAGCAGAUGGUGUUUAUAGCGAGGGAGCUGCUCAAGUCUGCUCUGGAGAUUGCCCAGGAUCCCUUUGCGGAGAGUCCGUACAUGGAGAAGGCGGUGGAUGAAGGACUGGCCGUGCAGGGUGGUGAGUGUCUUCGCAUACCGGUUCAGAGAGACGACCAGACAGUCAAGAUGAGGGCCAAGCGAUCCAAGAAGUACCGCAAGCUCAUGCACCAGUAUGAGCUUACGUUCGGGUUCCGUGAGCCAUAUCAGGUUCUGGUUGACUCCAAUUUCCUCCGCGCCGUUCACUCUUUCAAAAUGGACUUGAUCCCCGCUCUGGAGCGCACUCUUCAAGGCAAACCCAAGCCUCUCCUCACAAAAUGCUCCCUCGCCGCAAUAAUGGCCUCCCAACCCAUCAACCCUAAGACCAACAACCCCUACCGCCCCGACCACCUUCCCCCACCCACCACUCUCCCUCUCCGCCACUGCUCCCACAACGCCGACUCGACCCCCAUCGACGAAGUCGAGUGCCUGCUCUCCCUCCUCUCCCCGUCCGCCGAGAGCAAAAAGAACAAGGAACAUUACAUCCUUGCGACAGCGGACCCGCACAACGCCAAGGACAAGUCCGCGACGGACAACACGUCCGCUGGACGGAAACGCAAGCGCGACGCAGAGGAUAAGGCAGAGGCGGCGCUUCGGAAGUCGAGGUUGCUACGGCGUCAGGCUCGGUCGAUUCCGGGUGUGCCGAUCGUGUAUGUGAAGCGGUCGGUGAUGGUGUUGGAGCCGAUGAGUGAUCCGUCGGAUGCAAUUAGGGAGGGUGUGGAGAAGGGGAAGUUUAGGGUUGGGUUGAAUGAUGAGGCGAAGAAGAAGACGACGACGGCGGCGGCUGGGGAUGGUGAGAAGACGAAGAAGAAGAGGGAUUUGAAGAAGCCCAAGGGCCCGAAUCCGUUGAGUGUGAAGAAGCCGAAGAAGAGGGCGCCCGAGGGUACCACUGCCGGGAAGACGGAGAAGCCGAAGAGAGAGGCUGAAGAGAGGCCUGCUGCGGAGGAGAGGGAGGGUGAGGAUGGUGAUGCUGCGCCGAAGGCGAAGCGCAGACGUCGUCAUCAUAAGGGCGGUGCUGGGAAGAUGGAGGGUGAUGGUGAAGGUGGUGCGGAAGCUGUUGCUGCUGCUGCUGCGCCGGCUGAUGCCAUGGAUGAUUGA